GACUAAUGGUCGUUGAGUUGGGAACAGUGAUGGUGGUUUAACGUAAACUGAGUCCUUCCGAGGACGAUGAUGUACCCCUAGAUGAGGCUAGAAUACGAUCUUGUGAUUGUUCUUGUGACUAGCCAGUCCGCAUAAUAAAGGCACCGCCAUUACUGUUCUUAUUACCAGCAGUGACUUUGAUUCCACAAUGAAAGGUGGCAGCUUUGGUAAGGGUAAAGGGAAGGGUAUGAGCGGCAAAGGCAAGGGCAAGGGAAAGGGUAUGAGCGGCAAGGGCAAGGGUAAAGGCAAGGGAGGCAAGGGCAAGGGAGGAAAGGGCAAGGGAGGCCAUAAGGGACCCGCCAAGGUCAUCGUCGAGCCCCAUCGCUUCGAGGGUUGCUUCGUAUCCCGUGGUAAGGAUGAGGCUCUCCUCACCCGCAACAUGGCCCCCGGUGAGAGCGUCUAUGGCGAGAAGCGUAUCACCGUUGAGAAGCCUGUAGAAGGCCAAGACCAGCCCGAGAAGAUUGAGUACCGUGUAUGGAACCCCUUCCGUUCCAAGUUGGGUGCUACCAUCGUCGGUGGUGUUGCUAACAUGCCCAUCAAGCCUGGCAGCAAGGUCCUCUACUUGGGUGCUGCCUCUGGUACCACCGUAUCACACGUCAGCGAUAUGGUCGGCCCUACUGGAUGCGUCUAUGGUGUUGAGUUCGCCCAUCGUCCUGGCCGUGAUCUCACCAACAUGGCCAAGAAGCGUCCCAACAUCGUCCCCAUCAUCGAGGAUGCUCGUCAGCCCCUCCGUUACAGGAUGCUCGUUCCCAUGGUAGACGUCAUCUUCGCCGAUGUGGCCCAACCCGACCAGGCUCGUAUCGUCGCUGUCAACGCCCAACAGUUCCUCAAGAACAAUGGAUGGUACAUCAUCUCCAUCAAGGCUAACUGUGUCGAUUCUACUGCCGCCCCCGAGGCUGUCUUUGCCAGUGAGAUUGAGAAGCUUAAGAAGGACAAGCUGAGACCCAAGGAGCAGCUUACCUUGGAGCCCUACCACAGAGAUCAUGCUGUGGUUAUUGGUCAAUACCGACCUAUGAAGCAUAAGAAGGCCGAGUAAUGCUGUACUCGACUACGCUGUUGUCUGGACACUGAAAUCCACUAGUCACUAUCUGCAGCCUGGAAGGCGUUGAUUUCUUGGAAUCUCCGUUAACGGCUAACGUUUCCUCUACC